AUGAAUAGAAUCGAUUUUACUUGGGUUCCAUUUCACGUGGUAGCUUGUUCUAGCGAGGAUUUCAAUACUCCUGCAGACUUUCUGUCAACUUAAUAAUAUGGAUAACAAAGAAGUUGGGAAUGUAGCAGAACUGCAGACUAUCCAGUUGAGAUAAUCCUGAGAUUUCAUACCAGAAUUUAAGUCGAUCAUUUAUUGAUAGCUAGUAAAACUGAUAAAGGGAUUCCAAAAAUGAACAUUUAUAUAGGGGAUGGAUUAAAUGGUGGAUGGAAUGAUGCUGAAUAUAGAAGGGCUGGGCAAUGCGAGAAUGUUUACGUUAAACCUCUUUAAGUGAAAUUAACUGGAAUCGGGAAUUACUUGAAGAUAAAAAUAAUUGAACAUCCUAAAAGAGCUCCUUAAAACCCUUAUGGAUAAGUUUCAAUUUCACUGUUAAAAAUAUGGGGAAUUGCAAGGAGUUAUAACAUUGUUGAUUAGAGCGAGGAGGUCUACGGUGCGAAAGACAAUAUUGAUAAGAUGUUGAUUGAUUUGGGUAUACCUGUAGAUAUGAUCAACUGGUUUGAAGAUGAUGACAGAAAUUAUUAAUAUGCUCCAAUCGAUGAUGAAUCUAGAGAGACAUUAAAUGAUUUGAAAUUAAAGAGAGAUUCAGCAAGAAGAGUUGAGGAUUUUGAAUUCCUUAAGGAAUUGAAAAGAGACAUGAAGUUAAUUUUUGAAAUAGGAAAGGAAAUUUGGAAAUUAAAAAGGGAGUUAAGUUUUUGUGUUGCAAAGGAGGAUUAUCUUAGAGCAAUGGAAUUGAGAAAUAGAUUAAAAAGAUUAGAGGCCAAAAGGGACACUUUUGAUGCGUUAUAUGAGACUAGUAGAUAUGAGAAAAUGAUUAAUUUAUAGAGACCUACAACAGCAGAAUAUAUGAGACAUUUGGAAUAUUUGGAAAUGCAAGAAUAAAUGAACGCUGAUGCUUUAAGAAGAUAAAGAGAAUUAGAGGAAUAAAAUAGAAGAAGAAUGAUAUAAGAUGAAUAAAAUUAAUUGGGUAAAAGUAUUGAUAACAAAAUUGAUAAAACACCAUGGUGGGAAAAAGGAGGAGAUGAUAGAAACAUUAAAAAGAAGAAGAAGAAAGAAAAAAAAGAAGAUGAUGAACCACUCUUGAAUUUCAAUAAUCCUUUUGCCUUUAAUGAAGGAGAUGUUGAUUUAGAAUUAUAUCUUAAUCCUUUACUCGCAUAAGCCGGAGAGAAGAUGGUUGAUAUUCCUUUGGAAAUAUUAAGAAGAUUACAUCAAUUGGGAUAUUUGACAGUAUUUGGGGCAAAAGCUUGGACAGGUAUUCAUAGUGAUAGUUGGAGAAUUAGAGAAGCUUGUGCUUAAGCAGUAUUGAAUUUCUUAGAAAUGCCACUUCCAGAUAAAUAUAAAAAUGGUAAAACUAAGAAAUUAUUUCUUGCUGCAAUGGAAUUUGCUAAAAUCUGUAUGGAGGAUAAAAUAUUAUCAAUAUAUUUUAUCGGAUUAAAAAUAUUAUCAACUGCGUUGGCACCUCCAGUUUGUGGAACUGAUGUAUCCCCUGCAAUAAUUAAUAAAGUCUUGAAAGAAUUCACUCCUAUUCUUAUAGAAAAAAUAAGUGAAUUGAAUUUCAGAGCCAGAGAUAUUAGUUUACACACCCUUUUAAGUAUCUACAGACAUCCUGCUGCAAAUCUUGGAAUGCUUGUUUAAUGCUGCUUUGAUAAAAUGGUCAUGGAUCCAAAUUUCCCUACUUUAUUUGUUCCACCUGAUAAAUAGCCAACAAGGAUUAUAUAGGCUAGAUUAGAGAUAGUAUCAAAUGUUCUUUAGGAGUUUGGAUAUGAUUAGAGAUAAUUUAAUCAUCAAGAUAUUUUCUUCAUUUUAGCAACUCCUUGUUUAUUUCAUUAGGCGAAUGAAAUUAGACUUUUAAGUAUUGAAGUUAUAGCAGCUUUAUAUCAAUUUGUUGGAGUAGAAAUCAGAACUAUGGUUGAUGCUAUUGAAAAUCUUAAACCUGGUUUGAAAGAUUAAAUUAUGGCAAGAUUGGAUGAAAUAGAUUAAUAAGCUCCUGGAAGCAAACAAGUUGAUAGAGGUCUGAGUCUUGUACCUGAAGAGGAAUAGGAAGAAAAUUAAUCAGCUUUACUAAAAAAGCAAAAAGAUAAUGCCAACAUUUAAAAAUAAGAUCUUGAUAAGUCCAUAAAUAAUAUAUCUUAAAACAAAAACUAAGAUAAAAUAAAUAAUUCCUAAUUAAGCAAAAAAUGA